CAUGUAGAAACAAGUAUUAUAUAUCUGUUUCUUGCUUUUCAUUCUGUGCUACUCCAAGAUAGAGAUGCGAGACGAGGACAAGCGGAAAGAAACCAAAGUGCCUAGUUCAGACCUAGGUGAUCAUCAGCCUUCAUGUCAAAAGGAAAUAAUCUCAGAGAUCCACGGUGCACCAAAUUUGCCUACAGAGUGCCCACACAACGUUCAAGUACAACUAGCUUCAGAAGAGAUAGGGAGGGCUGAUGAUCAAAUGCCUGUAGAGCAGGACAUGGAUAUGGUACCAAGACAGGCUUUGCAAAGACUGAUUCUGCAAACUGUGGCCGCUCAAGGCGCAGUAGAGGCCACAGUAGAGGAUAUGAAAAAUGGGGUAAAAGUUGCACGCCUUGUUAUCUCAAUAUCUACAACUGGGAUUAUUAGCAUCCUUGCUGGAGUUUCAAGAAGCCAUUCUUCCAUGGCAAGCAAGCUCAUCUUCAAAUCGGGAAUUCUCUCAAUGUUUGCCUCUUUGUUCUUUGCUUUGGUCCUGUUGGUGCUAUCCACGAACAAUGCUAAACUUUCUUUUUCAAAUCAAAGUCUCAGAAUACUCAUAUGGCUAUCCACAGGACUCAUGACAUUGGCAGUUGUUUUACUUACUUUUUUUUACUUGCUAACAUGAUAUGCUAUUUUUCCCUGCCUAAAGAGGCACUUAUUAAAGAAAAUAAUGUAAUAUCUGUCUAGCAACCACUACAUCUGUAUGACUUCUCCUCCUGUGGCUACUUUUUCCCAUCUACCACAAGACAGCUGAUGGUUUUGUGCAACAUAACUUUAUGGCCGUUUCCUGAGUGAGGAAUAAAACCUUUAUUGCCAGUUAUUGAAUGAAUAGAUAUUUUGAUA